AUGACUCCACUGUCCCACUCAGGAUGUGAUUACAUUAAUGCUACAUCGUGUCGCUCGAAAUUAAACAAGUGGGUGAUCCCAGAACUGAUUGGCCAUACGAUCGUCGCUUUAUUAAUGCUCCUUUCAUUGCACUGGUUCAUCUUCCUUCUCAACUUGCCUGUUGCCACUUGGACUAUAUCUCGGUUCAUUAUGGUGCCCAGUGGUAACAUGGGAGAGUUUGAUCCAACAGAAAUACACAGUCGAGGGCAGCUGAAGUCACACAUGAAAGAAGCCAUGAUCAAGCUUGGUUUCCACCUGCUCUGUUUCUUUAUGUAUCUUUACAGUAUGAUUUUAGCUUUGAUACAUGACUGAAGCUGGAGAAGCCAUGGAUGAAGUCAGC